AUGGAGUCUGCUGCAGUGAAAAGCGAGGGGCUUGUCAUCCCACUCAUCGACUUCUCCGCCUUUCUCAACGGAAACCCCGAGCAGAGAAAGGAGACGGCGGAUGCCAUCCUCCACGGCUUCCGGACAGCAGGCUUCAUCUACCUCAAGGGCCUGCCCAUCACCUCGGACUACCGCCAGCAUGUAUUCGGCACGUCGGCCAAGUACUUUAGACUGCCUCAAGACACCAAGCUGUCCCACUCCUGGACCUCACCCGAGGCAAACAGGGGCUACUCGGCCCCGGGCCGGGAGAAGACGACGACGGAAACGGACUUCGAGGCCGUCAAGGCGCUGAGGGACGCGGCGCCGGACCUAAAGGAGAGCCUCGAGAUCGGCCGGGAAGGCGAGCCGGGCCACCCGAACCACUGGCCCGAAGAGCAGGGCGAGCUCGUGGGCUUCAAGGAGACGAUGCUGGAGUUCCACGACAAGUGCAAGGCUUUGCACAUGGAGGUGAUGCGCGCCAUUGCCGUCGGUCUCGGCAUCGACGAGCACUGGUUCGACAACUACACCGACGCUGGCGACAACACCUUGCGCCUGCUGCACUACCCUGAGGUGAAGAAGGAUGUCUUCACCAUCAACCCCGGCCAGGUCCGAGCCGGCGCGCACAGUGACUAUGGCUCCAUCACUUUCUUGUUCCAGGACUCGCGCGGCGGUCUUCAGGUGAAGAGCCCCACUGGGGUCUUUGUCGACGCGACUCCCAUCCCGGACACUUGUGUGGUCAACGCCGGUGACAUGCUGGCGCGAUGGAGCAACGACACCAUCAAGAGUACCAUCCACCGCGUCGUCGAGCCGCCCUCGGGCGAUGGCCCCGUCUACCCUGCCCGAUACAGUAUUGUAUACUUCUGCAACCCCAACUUCAAGAGCCAAAUCGAGGCUAUUCCCGGCACCUAUGCCACGGAAGAAGAGAGGAAGUACAAGGGUAUCAACAGCGGUCAAUACCUCGUCCAGAGAUUGACUGCCACCUACUAA